AUGUUGCAGUCCAACCUGACGCACUUGAUGCGCAAGGAGUUCGUGCCGGGCGUGGGGCUGGGCAUCGCCAAGUGCCCCUACGACCCGGCUGACAACUCCACGGCGGUGUGGGUGGAGCGCGGCAACCCCGGCGAGCUGCCCGGCCUGUACAGCGGCACCAACGCCGAGUUCACCAAGGCCGACGCCGUCAUCUUCCGCACCGACCUGCACAACCUCACCACGGGCCGCUCGGAGUACACCUUCAAGCGCACGCUCAAAUACGACUCCAAGUGGCUCGACAACCCCACAUGUGCUACUGCCUCCCUCCGCCGCCAGUGCGAGCGCGACGCAUCGGGGACGAUGGGGCUCCGCGCCGUAAGAACCGGCGCGGCUGCGGCGCCGCGAUGUCAACAGCGCCACCGCGAUAAGGCGCAGCGGUAA